CAUGCUGCUCACAUACUUCAUCUCACAUUCGUCAGAUGCCGAUUGCCGCUCUUACUGUUGACAUCCAAAGUUCAACAUUCAGACACAUGACUUGUUUGCUUUUCCGAACACUCAUGAUGGGGCCAAACUAUAUUGUUGCAAAGAGUCCAUACCUAUGAUCAGUUAAGUAAAUACAAGUUGGAUGAUUCAAGACCACUACCUAGAGAGCUAGCCUCCUCGUGCGCAGGUGCAGCCUCCAGCGCCCGUCGUCGCCUCGGCCCCACUAUUCCCGACUCUGCCGAAGCACGGUUCAGUUGCAGGUUUUCCACCAGGGGCAGGCUUCCUUUUCCACUUGAUUCCUUUGGAGGCGGGCAGGAGGGGUGGGUGUGGGCUGAGGGGCGACAGACGGCGGGGGCGGGACAGUCAGUCACCACCUGAGGUACCCACUGCCGCUGUGGCAGGCAGGCCUAGCUCCGCGUCAGCUCCCGUUCCAACUGCCGCCAAAACCGGACGCCUCAAGUAGUACCGUCACCACCACCAUCACCAUCGCCAUUUCCAGUCGUCUUGCAUAGUGCCAAGGAUUUCUGCCAGCACUCGGGUUUUCUCUACUGCUGCCAGAACGAUGCUGCGCAACGCGACCAAAGGUGCAGCGCGCCGCGCCGUCACCGAGCUCUCCCAGUACCCGAAACCCGGCGAGAAACUCCACGGCUUCACCCUUCUCCGGUCAAAGCAUGUCCCGGAGCUGGAGUUGACUGCUUUGCACUUGCAACACGACAAGACCGGAGCAGAGCAUUUGCACAUUGCCCGUGACGACAGCAACAAUGUCUUCUCUAUCGGCUUCAAAACGAAUCCCCCGGACGACACCGGUGUCCCACAUAUCCUGGAGCACACCACUCUGUGUGGCAGCCAAAAAUACCCUAUCCGAGACCCCUUCUUCAAGAUGCUUCCGCGAACGCUUUCGAAUUUCAUGAACGCCUUUACAGCAUCAGAUCACACCUUUUACCCGUUCGCCACCACCAAUGCUCAGGACUUUAAGAACCUCAUGUCUGUCUACCUUGACGCGACUCUGCAUCCUCUCUUGAAGGAGACGGACUUUACACAGGAAGGAUGGCGUAUUGGACCCGAGAAUCCCCAGGCUCUUGUUGCGGCUGAGGGCAACGCAAAGCCCGAGGACAGGAAGCUUGUCUUCAAGGGUGUCGUUUAUAACGAGAUGAAGGGGCAGAUGUCGGAUGCUGCCUACCUCUUCUGGAUUCGGUUCCAAGACCACAUUUUCCCAGACAUCCACAACUCUGGUGGUGAUCCCCAGAAAAUCACAGACUUGACAUACCAACAGCUCAAGAAGUUCCAUGCUGAUCACUACCACCCGAGCAACGCCAAAGUCUUUACUUAUGGCGAUAUGCCACUGGCAGAUCACUUGAAGGAAAUCGGUGCCCAGCUCGACGUAUUUGAGAAGAUCCGGGCUGAUGUGGCACACCAUAGCCCUAUCGACCUCAGCAGUGGCCCCAGGGAAGUCAAGCUCUAUGGACCUAUUGACCCCCUUGUGGACGCCAAUAAGCAGUUCAAGACUUCCGUUUCGUGGGUUCUGGGUGAAACCAACAAUGUCGUCGAGUCCUUUUCGCUGGCGCUGAUUUCUGCUCUGCUCAUGGAUGGUUAUGGCUCGCCUCUCUACAAGGGAUUGAUUGAAUCCGGGCUAGGAACGGACUGGAGCCCCAACACCGGAUAUGACAGUUCGGGCAAGCUUGGUAUCUUCUCCAUUGGCCUCAGCGGUGUUCAAGAAGAAGAUGUGCCCAAGGUCAAGGCCAAGGUACAGGAGAUUCUUCGCAGCAUGCGGGACAAGGGUUUUGAGAGAUCAAAGAUUGAUGGCUAUCUCCACCAGCUUGAGCUCGGCCUUAAGCACAAGACUGCCAACUUUGGCAUGUCUUUGCUCCACCGUUUGAAGCCAAAGUGGUUUGUUGGAGUCGAUCCAUUUGACUCUCUUGCCUGGAACGACACGAUUGCUGCUUUUGAGACCGAGCUUGCCAAAGGUGGUUAUCUUGAGGGCUUGAUUGAUAAGUAUCUGAUCAACGACAAUACUCUCUCCUUCACGAUGGCGCCUUCGCCAACCUUUAGCCAGGAGCUGGCCCAAGAGGAGGAAACUCGCUUAAGCACCAAGAUUUCGGAAGUUGUCAAAGCUGCUGGUAGCGAAGAGGAAGCUCGUGCUGCUCUCGAAGCUCGGGAACUCAAAUUGUUGGCCGAGCAAAGCAAGACCAACACCGAAGAUCUUGGCUGCCUUCCUAGCGUGCAUGUCAAGGACAUUCCCCGCCAGAAGGACUCGGUUAUCUUGAGACACGAUAACACAGCAAGAGUCAAGACACAGUGGCACGAGGCUCCCACGAACGGGCUGACCUACUUCCGUGCUAUCAAUCAGCUGGAGAACCUGCCCGAUGAGCUCCGAAGCCUGAUCCCCCUCUUCACUGACUCCAUCAUGCGUUUGGGUACGAAGGACAUGACAAUGGAGCAGCUUGAGGAUUUGAUCAAGCUCAAAACUGGAGGUGUCUCGGUCGGCUACCAUUCGGCUUCUCAUCCAACUGACUUCACUCGGGCCACAGAAGGUCUGAUGUUCUCGGGCAUGGCAUUGGAUCGUCAUGUGCCAACGAUGUUUGACCUUUUGCGCAAGCUGGUCGUAGAGACUGACUUCGACAGUCCUCAAGCAGCUCAACAGAUCCGUCAGCUGUUGCAAGCAUCUGCUGAUGGCGUCGUGAACGACAUUGCUUCAUCGGGACACGCUUACGCUCGGAGAGCCGCCGAAUCUGGCCUUACGUGGGAUUCCUUCCUCAAGGAGCAGGUUAGCGGUCUCUCGCAGGUAAAGCUGGUGACUAGCUUGGCAAGCCGGCCCGAGUCAGACCCGUUGGAGGAUGUUAUUGCAAAGCUGAAGCAAAUCCAACAGUUCGCACUGGCUGGCAAUCUCCGUACCGCCAUCACCUGCGACAGCGGAAGUGUCUCUGACAACGCAAAGGCGCUCUUAAAUUUUGUCAACUCGCUGCCUUCGGAAGCGGUGACCUUCCCAAGCCGGGGACCCCCUAACUUUACCCGUGAUAUCAAGACGUUUUAUCCCUUGCCUUAUCAGGUUUACUAUGGUGCUUUAGCCCUUCCUACGGCUUCUUACACGGCUUCCGUGAAUGCCCCUCUCCAGAUUCUCUCGCAGCUCUUGACCCACAAGCACUUGCAUCACGAGAUUCGUGAGAAGGGUGGCGCCUACGGCGGCGGAUCUUACGCCCGCCCCCUCGACGGUAUCUUCGGCUUCUACUCGUACCGCGACCCUAAUCCUGUGAACACGCUCAAAAUCAUGCGGAACGCUGGCCAGUGGGCGGUUGACAAGGAGUGGACUGAUCGUGAUCUUGAGGAUGCCAAGAUCUCUGUCUUCCAAGGCGUUGACGCACCCAAGGCUGUUAAUGAAGAAGGCAUGGCCCAAUUCCUCUACGGCAUUACCGACGAGAUGAAACAGAAGCGCCGCGAAGAGCUCUUGGAUGUCACCAAGGAUCAGGUCCGGGAAGUGGCGCAGGAGUAUGUUGUCAAGGCCCUUAACAACGGCUCUGAGCGUGUCGUCUUCCUUGGCGAGAAGCGCGACUGGGUCGACAAGUCUUGGGCGGUCAAAGAGAUGGACAUCAACGGUUCCACUUAGACCACUCCAUCAACGGCGAAACACAACCAGAUGUUGAUGAGAUUGGCGGUUUUGUAUUUGUAAAGUGACAUGGCUGAAUGAUACCCUCCUCCUAUAUAAAAGGCACAACGAGCCAGUGCGGACCCAGUGAGUGUCCGAGAAACUGCACCGACACUCGGCUACAAUCAGCGCUCCAGUUCUUUGGCCAUGUACUGAUAAAGUUUUCAGGGUUUUGUUACAUGUUUUUGUUCUUUCCCCUUUCUCAUCAAUCAGCGCCAGCUACGAUACGCUUCAACGCCCGUUCAGUGGCGUUGAUGCCACAAAACGGCGCGAGAUCAAAUGUGACAGGGAAUCGGCGUUCUGCGCCUUGAGGCCCGGCCAAGGGCUCGUUCUAUCAGAACCGUCUUCCUCAGCUUUGGACGUGCGGACUAAAGAACAGAGUACAUGCUUCUGCUUUACCUACUGACCUGAGUGUUGAAUGCUACGAUAUCCCCUCGUUUCUCCAGCUUACGUCAUCACUACCUCUCGGGCGAGAUAGCCGAAGCGUUUGGACUGUGACAGGCUGCCUCUGAAGUGUGGUGGCCCUACAGCACCACGAGACUACCUACACAGCAGGCCGCGUCGUGUUGCUUCGGGCCUGAGUCACAAAAUCGGCCAUCCUCAUUGGCAAUCAGCCUCGCCAGGGGCGGCAUCGUAGCAGACCAAUAGUAUCGUCGGUCCGUCUUGAAGAUGAUCGUCGUCGAUGUGAGCCUAGGGGUACGACCAACUACAUCAAUGAUCAAAGCCAAAGCCUGCAUCCGUGCGUGCUAGACAUAUAUCUUCUCUACACGACAUGGCAGACAACCAACGACUCAUGCCCUAAUAGAGGCGGAAGAAGACGUCGAAUAUGACAACAAAAAAAAAAAAAAAAAAAAAAAAAAAAAAAAAAAAAAAAACUAUCAGAUGAAGGGAUUCUCGAAGUCAAGCUUGCCUCAAGCCGCAAUGCGUGCCCUCGAGGAAACGGCUUCCAGUCACUGGCAGUCAUUUUUCACUGGAAAUACAGAACAACCCUCUUACGCACAAGUGCUAUGUAUAAGGAAGUUGAUCCUCGUGUGCAUGGUGACAGCCGCGGGGAUGGUACUUAACAAGGAGGCAAGAUACCAACGAAUACGGAUGGGGUUGUUUGCGGAUGUAAUUAAGGCCUAUGGUAAUUGCGCGAUUUGACUGGUCUUUUGUCGUCUACGUCGUGCGACAACGUGCUGAGUGCAGUUUGUGUGUUACACAGUGAUAUAUACAAGGCAUUGAAACUACACUAGAAUGUGGCCUUAUUCCAACGGCG